GUUAAACAGACAUUUACUCGUUGCCAUUCGCACUGUGACUUCGAAUCUAUUCCGUUGGUGGAAAACAAACGCUCGCACCUACCGUUUUGCUGUGAAUGUGAAAACGCAGGCGAGGAGCCUCUGCUGAGAUGUUCCCAAUGCGUGAGGUCAUUUCACGAAUGUUGCCUUACGCUGAAUUGUCGAGAUCUGCACAACACCAACCCCAAACCGUUGUGUGAAUCGUGUAUAUUGGGCGAAACGUUCUAUGCUGCAACGAUAACAAAGUUGGAGGAGUAUCCGAAACAUUGCAUCAAAGCAGACAAGUAUGGGAAACACUAUAAUGAACCCGGUUAUCUUUCGGUAAAGUGGGCGGGCUGCCAGAAUCUGUAUGCUUUACUGCCUGCUAGGAAUGUUGUAGCCAUGUUUGCUGGAUCCUACGACUUAAUCGGCAAACGUGUAAGAGAAGAACCUUGCCGUCAGGCUUGGCAAGAGAUGGAAAAUGAUCUAGCCGUCCCUCGGCCUACAUUUGAUUACGUUCCUGAGAAGUACACCAAGAUAAAGACGUCUGUGUACCAUCCGAGUUGCCCAAAGCCCCGUCUUGAUGGCUGCGAGGAAACUGACAGUAUGUGCGACUGUCCUCCUUCAGAAAAUGACCGAUGUGGCCCGAACUCUAAAUGUACAAAUCGUGCAAUAUUGCAAGGAGUGCCCAGAGUAGGAGGAGUGUCGCGAAAGGAAGUCAAUCCAGCAGUAGAGAUACGCGAAGCGCCAGGAAAGGGAAUGGGUGCAUUCGCGGCUCGAGACAUCCCUAAGUACGCUGGAGAGCUGAUAAGCCACAAGGAAAAGAAUAGGCGAAUCGCGGAAAUUACGGCUCAUCGAAAUGCAGAAGAGAAACACUACAUGAUGGCAUUAGAUUCACAGCGCAUCAUUGAUUGCAAGGAGAAAGGCAAUGAUGCAAGUCCAAACUGCAAGGUUGAGACGUUGUAUGUGGUAGUCAGUCGGCUGAAGCGGCCCAAUGGUUUCGUUGUUAAG